AGGGACCUUCUUCAGGCAUGAGGAGUAGCACUUCCAGUCUCAAAACUUACAUCCAAAUGUGUAGGAGCCUGAGGUCAGAGAGCCAGAGGACCUGAAUUUUAGAGUAAAUCACAGACACAGGAGCAGCACUGAAGGGUCUCCCGCUGGCCCAUGAUGGCACUGACUCACGCAAGAAUCACCAGCGGGCCCCAGGAUGCUGAGCAGGUUCCUGGGCCCGCACUGUCGCGAGCUGGCCAGAAAUUGGAUUCCCAUGGCGGGCAUGUGGGGCACCGUGGGCACCGUGGGACUGGUGUGGGCCACCGAGUGGUGGCUGAUUCUGGACCAGGUGCCCUACAUCAAUGGCAAGUUUCAGAAGGAUGAUUAG